AUGAAGCAUCCUCAUGGUUUGCUUUGCCAGGUUUUCAUUUCCCACGCAUGGGCUGAGGGAAUCUUUGAGCUGGACGACUUGGUACGCCGUGGCUGGCCACGUUUGCAGUUCCUCCACAGCCUGUACUGCUGUUUGCUGGCAAACCCACAAAACUCGGACAUCUCUGCUUUGCUGAAUGUCCCACCGAUGGAGAGCCCUUUUGCCAAGGCCAUGCAGGCCGCUUCUCAUGUUCUGGUCAUCCCGAACAAGAGUAUUGGAAUCUACACAAGAUUAUGGUGUGUGUACGAAGCCUAUCUAGGCACCCGCUGGAACAAGACCUGUAUCAUGCCGGCACGGCCUCACACAGCCACCCAGUGCGGUACAAUAACGCGAACUGCCGUGGCUCCGAUUGCAGCAGGGCUUUUGCUGGGCUUGCUCUGGUGGGCUCUCCUAUCACGCGAAGAGGUUCGGGACGGCUUCUUCUUGAUGGUUACCACAACGAUGCUUGCUUGUGCGUCUGGAACAGGGCUGUGUUUCCUGGCGUCCAUCAUCCUGAAGCUUUGCGGAUGUGAAUGGCAGAGGCAUUAUCGUUCCGUUCGUAUGGGGCACGCGCUGCUGCUAUUCCUUUGUACCGUCUCGCUCUUUCCGUGGUUGAGGUUCAAGCCCACUUUCUCACAUGCUUUUGAUCACUUCCAGCACUACUUCCUCCCGAUCGUCCUGUGCCUGUUCAACUUGCUUCGCGUGGCGCAGCUGAACCAGCAUCAGCUAGAACUCAAGGAGCUGUCACGGCAAGCGAGCCACCUGGAGUGCACUACUGUGGCAGAUGCGACGUGCUCUGAUCCGUUGGAUGAACAACGCAUCCGAGCAGCAAUCCUGGGAUUUGAGGAUGACAUAGACAUUACCAUCCGCGUGCUCAUGCAGGCUGGAGCUUACAACGAUUGGCUUCGCAGUGCGUACGAAGCAGGUGUUGACAUCCGAGGCUUUGGGACCUCCGACUUGAUUGUGAAGACCAGUCUUGCCGCCAGCAUGUGGGCAUUGGCUGCACUGCAUUCGCUGGGUUUGCGGAGCUGCGCCGGUCCUUGUCGCAGCACGGACAAGGCCUGGAUGGAUGUAUCGGUAGGGCUGUGCGCUGCAGUCGCGAUCAUCCUCCCUGCAACUGCUUUUGUGUUGGAGCGGUAUGGGCCGGAACGGGCUGUGUUUGCUGUGAGGGUUUGGACGAUGUCUGCAAUGAUCGCUCUCGGCGCCCCUGUCUUCGUGGGCAUUGAAGAUCACUUGUCUUUGGUGACAGCGCUACACCACUCCACGCAAUUGCCUGAAGAAUGUCCAGCCCCGCUGCUCAGGUCGAUGGUGAUGUGGUUUCGCCCGGCCACGGCAUUGCUGGCAACGGGUGUUGCGGUGCUUGGGCCGGCGAAGGCGUGUAGGGUUUAG